AUGACAAAAAAGUAAUUGAGAUAAGCUACUUUAAAAGAAUUUAAAAAGUGUUUUCUAGAGUACUUUGAUGAUUUCUAAAGUGCUGCCUUUAAUUUAGUCUGUGCAUAUAAGUCUAUUCCUAAAAAAGUAGUGCAUUAUAACUAUAUUGUGAUAGAAGUUGGGUAUGGGCUCUUACUGUCAGUUGAGGAUAAUAAAAAUAAGAACAACACUUUUAGAUCUAAUUUGGAUUAUUUUGAUAAAAUAAUGUUACUCUUCUAAAACUAGUUCCAGAUAUAGAUAGCUCUUGAUUUGGUAGAUGAAGUUGCAGAAACAUUUGAUUAAUUCUCAUAAAAGAGUUUCAAUUAUACUAUAUUAAAAGCAGAUCAAAUAUUUUAUUAAAUUACAAAAAUGUCUAAAAAAUGA